GUGCAUUUAUUUGACUAUAUGAUGGAUCUAAACACUAGGUCUUUGGCUAACUUCAUAAAAAAAAUUCUUAUAGAAAAGAACACAUACUUGUCUACUCAAACAUAUUACCUAAUCAAGGCUCCAAGUGAACUCGAAUUUGAUAUGAUUUUGAUGUAGAUCAAUAUUGACCUGACUCAUAUUGUAUGAUAUUUUGAUCUCCAAUGAAGAUAGACAUUAUUUUUUUUCAUAAAAUUGUAAUAAUCAUAGAAUCUUUGAAUCCUUACUUAAUCAACUUACAUCAAAACAAAUGACUCGUCUAAGUUUGGCCUCUAGCAUUUCAUUUCCAAAGAAGAGAAAAAAUUCCUAGAAUAAAAGCAAUGAAAGAUGUUUAUUACUUCCUCCGUCUUAUAUUACUCGCUAUACUUCUCAAUUCACGGAUUUCUAGGCAAUUUUCGGAAAAAAGAGAGGUAGAGAGUAAGAAGAAAAGGGACCUAUGUGAGAGGAAAGAGAUAAAGAAAGUUUAUUGCCUAAAAAAGAAGUGUAACAAGUAAUGUGAAACUUCCCAUCAUAAAAAGUGUAGCGAGUAUUAAGAACAAAAGAAGUAUGUCACAUCUAAGAUCUAACACAUUUUGCUUGUAAGUUUCCAAUGGAUUCUUCUAUAUGCCACAAAUAUAUAUAGGUUGGUGAGAUAUUUGUGCCUUCAACUCAAAAUCCACUUCUCUUGCAGUAAUCCACUUUUUACUUCUUGUUUUUGUACAAAUUCUAAGCCACCCAAUUACUUAAUAUAUUAAGGACUCUAAACAUUCUCCAAGUGCACUUCCUAGAAAAUUGGCAGGCCUUUAAACUCAAAUAUUUCAUUGCCUUUGAUUAUCCCAAGAAAUGAAGACCAUGUUCUUAUUAUGGCAUGCAUGCUUUCUACUAUAUCUAGGGGAUACACUGCAAGCUUUGACAUAUGACUAUACAGCAACCACAGAGUGUUUGGAAGAAGCUUGGAAGGUUCAAUAUGGUGGAGGGAUCAUACAAAAUCCAGAAUUCGAUAAUGGUGUUGAAGGAUGGACCGUGUUUGGACAAGGGCAAAUUGAAGAACGAAUAACAAAAAAUGGCAACAAGUUCAUAGCAGCUCUUAACAGAACUCAGCCAUCUGAUGGCCUUUCGCAGAGGGUGCAGCUUAUAAAAGGCAAACUAUAUGCAUUUUCAGCAUGGAUUCAACUAAGUGAAGGCAGUGAAAUAAUAUCUGUUAAAUUUAGAAGCCCUAGUGGUGAAUAUCUCCAUGGAGGUACAGUUAUAGCUGAGCAAGGAUGUUGGAGCAUGCUUAAAGGUGGAAUAGUUGCAACAUUUUCAGGCCUUGUCGAUUUGACUUUCGAGACCAAGAACACAAGUGUUGAAAUCUGGGUUGAUAAUGUCGCUUUGCAACCUUUUACUAAGAAGCAAUGGAGAUUGCACCAAGAAAAAACCAUUACAGAGGUGAAAAGGCGAAAGGUGAGAUUUAAUGCGACAAGCAAAGAGAAUAUUGGAGCAGCAGGAGCAAAGAUUACUCUGAAGCGAACAAAAUCAGGCUUCCCUAUGGGUUGUGAAAUAAACCUAAAUAUCCUAAACAACACCAAGUACCAGAACUGGUUUGCCUCAAGAUUUUCGAUCACUGCUUUUGGGAACGAAAUGAAAUGGUACUUUACAGAAAAAACACGAGGGGAAGAAGACUAUGCCAUUCCCGAUGCUAUGCUACAAUUCUGUGAGCAGAACAAUAUUGAUGUUCGAGGUCACAACAUUGUUUGGGACGAUCCAAGAUACCAACCUACUUGGAUAAAUGGCGAAACUACCUCAGAAGAGUUGAAAGAAGUAGUUGAAAAGAGGAUGAAAUCAGUUAUUUUGAGGUAUAAAGGGAGAUUAAUUCAUUGGGAUGUUGAGAACGAAAACUUGCAUUUUCGCUUCUAUGAGAAUAAACUAGGUGAAAAUGCUUCAGCAGAGUUUUAUGCCAGAGCAUACGAGCUUGAUCAAAAGCCGAUUCUGUUCAUGAACGAGUAUAAUUCUAUAGAGUUUAGUGAAGAUGAAAAAUCAAUACCAGCAGAAUAUGCAAGAAAGUUAAAGAACAUAUCAUCAUAUUACAAGGAAACGAGGGAUAAUGGUAAUGAAACAUUGCCUCUGGGAAUAGGGUUGCAAUCGCGGUUUGUGCCUGGUCAGCCCAACCUUGCUUAUAUGAGAGCAGGAAUGGAUUACUUAGCUUCAAUGGGAUUCCCUUUGUGGCUCACUGAAGUCUUUGUCGAUAAAGGGGAGAACCAGGCAAAGUAUCUGGAGGAAGUUUUGAGGGAGGGAUAUUCACAUCCCGGUGUUAAAGGAAUUGUGAUAUGGCCAACUUCACCAUUCAGCAAUGAGUGCAAGAUGUGCUUGACUGAUCAAAACUUCAACAACACACCAAAUGGAGAUGUAGUUGAUAAGCUGAUCGCGGAAUUUUCAAGCUCAAAAACAUUUGAAAUUUCAGCUAAUGAACAAGGAAUUUCUGAAGUUAAGUUGUUUCAUGGUGAUUAUGAAGUUACUGUAAGCCAUUCUGAAACAAAUUCUUAUGUGAAGUUGAAGCUGGAGGUGACUGAAAAUUCAGUUAACUUUGUGAAUGUUCAGCUUGAUGAUUCAUUUGUUUCUCAUUUAUGUAUGUAAAUGACUAAAUGCGAUUGAUAUUUGCUACAAGAAUUCUGGAAAUAUAGAAUAACAUUUUAGAUCUUGUAAUA